CUGCUGUGGGCGGCCGCUCUGAGCAUUGCCAUCGGUGCGGCAGCAUCUUCCGUGCCUGUAGCUCAUGAUGUCGGCAUCGGUCGCAACCUCCUGGCGGCAAACAACGGUUUUCCUUGGUGUCAGUGCCUGAGCUAUGACUGCGUCUGUAGUCCUUACAAGAUCACCUUAGCGGACUACGUCGUGAACGCUACGUCGGCACGGACUUGCUUCAACGUUGCCUACGUUGGCUGCGACAAGACGCUUGCCUGCUGCAGCGGUAUGCUGAAGGCUGUCGAAAAGCUGACGUUUGAGACAACGCAACAAUGCAGCAUCAAGUCCAACAUUCCCCGGGUGACUGUUAAUGGGCAGCUCUAUACCUCAUGGAACACAUACUCCCACAACACCACGUUUGGUGCUGGUUACGAGCUGAAAUUGUAUAACUUGGGAAUGCGCAACGCCACCUUCGUCGGAACGCAAAUCUGCAUUACGACAAAGAAGCCAUGCAGCACCUUUGGAGACCUGUGCUACAGCUCCGUAACCAAGGGCUGCC